CUCCCCGCAUACUUUCUGGACGUUCUCCAACUUUUUUGCUUGCAACCGCUCGUCCCGACCCUGUUGCCCCAUCGCCCUCCCAUCGCCAUGGUUCACCGUCCAGGAUGUCGUCCAAGUCGUCAUCCCGGGUGGUCACGUCUCCUCGAACCUACAUUCAAGACCCCUAUCGACCUAGAUUCGUCCGUCUGAAAGUCAAAUUACAUCUACCCUUCGACCGACAUCUAGCUACAUUCGUCUUCAGCACAAGUGCACGCUCCUCCAAAUCUACCUCGCUCAAGCAUGCCCAUAUUCAAACGAGACUCGGGUCCAGCCGGAGAGCAACCUGAAGAACACCGACUCCAGGCCAAGGUUGUGUCCCCUGACCUCGAUUCGGACCCUGAAGCUAGGGUCGUAGGUGUUGUCCCGGAAGAUGAUGUCUUUGGGACCGCAGAUGGAGAUGGGCCGAAUUACCGUAACGUCGGAUGGAUAGCUACGGCCGUGCUCAUGUUUAAGACACAGGUCGGACUGGGUGUCUUGUCGUUACCUUCGGUGUUGCAUACGCUCGGGAUCGUUCCAGGAACCAUCACCCUCCUCGCCGUUGGAGCUUUGAGUACAUGGGGAAUGUAUGUCACCGGGAAAUUCAAGUCUAGGUAUCCUCAAGUCUACAGUUUCGCCGAUGUCGGGUUCAUGUUGGCUGGUCAACCUGGACGGAUCGUCUGCGCGGUCGCCUAUUGGCUUUACAUGACCAUCAUUGCCGGAUCCGGUUUGCUCUCCAUCUCGAUCGCCUUCAAUUCGAUGUCCCUUCAUGGAACGUGUACAGCCGUAUUCGUCGUCGUCGCCACGAUCAUCACGUUCAUCCUCGCCAGUAUUCAGACGCUGGAAAAGAUCGCUUGGAUUACGUAUGCGGGGUUCAUCAGUCUGGUCGUUUCCCUGCUUGUCGUCACGAUCGGGGUAGGUGUGGCUGAUCGACCAGCAGAGGCACCCCAGACGGGCCCUUGGAACAAGGAUUUGCACGUCUUCAACAAUCCGACUUUCGGACAAGCGAUGGGAGCUAUCGGGCAACAGGUCUUGUCGGUCGGUGCGACUCCCGCGUUCUUCUCGAUCAAAUCAGAGAUGAGAAACCCGAACAUGUACAAUCGGUCGUUGUUGCUAUGUCAACUGUCUAGCAUGUCGUUCUAUAUCGCCAUCGCCACAACGACCUAUUACUACGCCGGACAAUAUAUCGCCAGUCCCGCCUUUGGAAGUGCCGGUGUGUUGAUCAAGAGGAUCGCCUACGGAUUGGCCCUUCCGGCGCUCUUUGUGUCAUGCACCAUCUACACUCACGUCCCAGCGAAGUGGAUCUUUGUCAACAUCCUCAAGGGUUCCGAACACUUGACCAAGAACACGUUUAAGCAUUGGAUCACCUGGUUUGCAUGUGUGCUCGGUUGCGUCCUGUUCUCUUACGUCGUCGCUUCCGCUGUGCCUGUAUUUAAUGGAUUGGUCGGUCUUGUUGGAGCCCUCUUUGGAGCGUUCCUUUGUAUCCUCGUCACCUCUCUGAUGUGGAUCUACCUGUACGGAGCCGAAUGGAGGACGGGAGGAGCCAAGCUCAAGCUCGCCGUCGCCGCUCACAUCGUGAUGGCUCUCGCUGGAGCGUUUUUGAUGGUCGCAGGAACCUACGGUUCUGUCCUCGAUAUCAAGGCUUCGUUUGACUCUGGCGACACCACCUCGCCAUGGGGUUGUGCGGAUAACUCGAACUCGGUCUGAGACCCAAGCUUCGCGACAGAAAAGACAAGAAUACAAGAGGAAAGAAGAAGGAUUCCGCACGAUGACCUCAAAUGUAUCACUAGUAGCAUCGCAUUCGCACAGACAACAAGCAGCACAGGAACAGGGAUGUUACGAGGGCAGUAGUAGACAGACAAAUCAUGCUUCAUCGAAUAAUAUAUCGCAUGAGAUAUGACGCGAGGCAGCAAGGGUCACUCGAUCACUCGCGUACUCGAAGAGUCGCUUGUACGACCAAGUGGAAAGAAGCCAUGCGGCCGGUAGACGAUUCCUGCGCGACGCCGGUUACAUCCAGACGUUACAACAAUCGAUCGCGGCAUG